AUGGUUGAGAUAUAUAUAAAGGGGAUCAAGAUGACGUCAAUGUCAAGUCUGAUUGAAACCCCCGAGCCACCCCUACCGGAAACCCUGCCUGACCUUAUACAGUUGUCCUCUGAACUGCAAAACUCCAUUCAACACCUAGAAGACUCCAACUACCAAUUAAAUGAAGCUCUAAAAAAUGAAUUUGACGAGUGCCUUUACCAGGCAGUUGUGGAGAACGAAUUCAUCAUUUCCAAAAAGAAACAGCGUUUAGAAUCUGUACAAAAUGAAAUUGAUAAGUUAAACCCAGAAUUUAAAAUUUAA